AGAAGAAAUGCAUCGGAGCUAAGCGGUGUCGGUUUCUGUAAAUCCCCCCUUGUGUUCGAUAAAAUGUGUUCCCCCCAUACAUAUACACAUAGAUAUGCAGCGACUGUAAAAUUUCACCACCCGAGCACCACAGCUAUGAACCCCUUUAUCAUCACGCCCAGUCUUGUGGUACGGUCGUGUCCGACAACAUCCGGCAACGGUUUGAGUUCCGGAAAUGGCUGCCUACAUAGUGAUACCGGUGAUCGUACUAACGAUUAUGGCCAUCUAUUUUAUGGUGUACAUGUAUGAUAGACGAUUAAAAACCAUGCGUGCGUCUGCCGCACCGGCUACAACCACAUCCACCUGCACCAACGUACGACAGGAAGGGAUAGUGUACACCAUUUCCAAUGCACCUUCCGCCGGGGGGAAUGGCCCUGCUGCUCGUCCCGGUUCGGACCUGAACAGUGCGACACACAUUCGAAUCGAGCCGGAUGGACGUGGCGGUGCUGGUGUACCGCCGCCACAGUACGGUUUCACGAGCCAGAACUUAAUUGUCGUCACCACUAUUCCACGGGAUUUGCCGCCUUCCUACGAUCAAGUGAUCAGGACAACAAGGGAUGAUGACGCGCCAAACCGCGUUACUGCUCCACCGUGAACACGUAGCGAAAGCUUCCUACUUCCCAUCUCAAAUCUGUACAUUGCUAUGUUUAGAUCAAAAUAUCGCACACGUAUGCGUAGGUAGUUCUCGCGUAAGAAAUAAAUUAUUUCUCGUUUUCAUUUUAUUUUUCUUA